AUGGGUCAGAUGGCAGAGACCUUGCAACCCCAAGAGAAAGUUCUGCGCAGCGUGCGAUCUCCUUCACUAAGCGUCUCAAAGAGGAAGCGGCGGGGGCUUGGUCCGGCCCCAGCAACCUCACAGUUUCACUACCCUAAACGGAGAAAGAAUAGCAAGCUCCACUCCUGCUCCCUCCUUCCAGGAGGGGGGAGAAAGCGGGAAGAGAGCUGGCCGGUCUUUGAGCCCCAGUACUCAGCUCAGACGGUGAAAAGUAACGGAUCGUCGGGCAGGAGGAACAAAGACGUGGUCCCGCUUCGGGCGCCGGGAAGAGGAGCCGCCCGCCCGCGAUGGGGGCUGGAGCCCAGAGCUGAACGCGGGACCCCGCGCAGCGCGAGGAGGAAACGUGAACCGCAGGGGACAAUGCGCCCGGUUUGGCACCGGCGCUGCACAGGGUCUUCAGAGUCAGCCCCUGACAUAGGGACCCUAGGAGACCCCCUCGUCCCGCAUGCAGCCCCGGCACCCCCGCCCCAAGACGCCAUCUCGGCGCAGCUCCGCCUCGGCCCCCGUGGCCGUCGCCUCCUUCCACCUCCCACCCACGAGGAGGACGCAGAGCCUCGCGGCCGCCGGCAGAAACUUACCUUUAGCCUCCGUCCAGCUCGCCGUCGCGGGAGGACCGCGCGGGCCGGCUGCACUCGGGGUCCCCAGGGCCUGGGCGCCGCUGUUUGCUGCGUUUGCAGCGGAGGUCCGGGUGCUAGUUAUGACUUCAAAUUCUACAGUGAGAGGGUCUCUGUCACAGAGGGUGGCUGCGGGUCCUUCCCCAUCCAGAACCGUCUGGUCUACAUUUCCUCAUUAGCGUUAGCCUUUGGGCUCUCCUUUGCCGGCUCCCUGUCCCUUCCACAGGAAAAGAGUGAUAAAGCAGUGCUGGAAGAAACGGCAUUUGAAGAAAUUGAAAGGGAUUUUCAGGAGGUUCUCAAUGAACUUUUAGGCGACAAAAGUCUGGAGAAAUUUAGGCUUGAAUAUGAGAAGCUUCAUGCUAUCAUGAAAAAGUCUUAUGAAAAUGAAAAGCGUCUGAUGGCCAAAUGCAGAGAACUGAACGCGGAGAUUGUGGUGAAUUCUGCGAAGGUCGCCACUGCCCUGAAGCUCUCUCAGGAUGACCAGACCACCAUUGCAUCCUUGAAAAAGGAAAUUGAAAAGGCCUGGAAGAUGGUGGACGCAGCCUACGAUAAAGAGCAGAAGGCGAAGGAGACGAUUCUUGCCCUGAAAGAGGAGAUCGUGAACUUAACCAAACUAGUCGAGCAAGGGUCUGGACUGACAAUGGACCAGGAUAGCAAUAUCCGAGAUUUACUGAAGUUCAAAGAAGAAGUGACAAAGGAGCGAGACCAGCUCUUGUCAGAAGUGGUGAAGUUACGGGAGUCCUUAGCUCAGACCACUGACCAGCAGCAGAGUGCGGAGCGAAGCCGAGAGGAGGCAGAGCACGCCAUCAUUCAGUUCCAACAAGAAAUCCAGCAACGUCAGAAUGAAGCUUUGAGGGAGACUCGGAAGAAGGAAAAACUGGAGAAAGAGCUCAAGCAGAUUCAGACGGACAUGGACACCAGGCAGACGGAGAUCAAGGCCCUGCAGCAGUAUGUGCAGAAGAGCAAGGAGGAGCUGCAGAGGCUGGAGCAGCAGCUGAAGGAGCAGAAGAUAUUGAACGAGAGAGCUGCAAAGGAACUGGAGCAGUUUCAGAUGAGAAAUGCUAAACUUCAGCAAGAGAACGAACAACACGCUUUGGUUUGCGAGCAGCUAUCCCAGGAAAACCAGCAGAAGGCAUUGGAGCUCAAAGCCAAAGAGGAAGAAGUUCAUCAGAUGCGCACUGACAUCGGGAAGCUCAACAAAAUCAGGGAGCAAAUCCAUAAGAAAUUACACCAGAUUGAAGACCAAAAGGCGGAAGUAGAACAGCACAAGGAAACUCUAAAAAGUCAGAUCUUGGGAUUAGAGAGAGAGGUGGAGGCUUCAAAGAAACUAGCAGAACUUGAUAAGAAAGCAAUGGAUGAGCUUCUGAGAGAAAGGGACAUGUUAAAUAAGAAUAUGCUCAAGGCAAUCCACGCGACCCAGAAACAGGUAGACCUGGUGAAGCUCCAUGAACAAGCCAAGAGGAACUUGGAGGAGGAAAUCCAGAACUACAAAGACGAGGCUCAGAAGCAGAGAAAGAUCAUCUUUCAACUGGAAAAGGACAGAGAUCGGUACAUCAAUGAAGCCAGUGACCUCACCCAAAAGGUCCUCAUGAACAUGGAAGACAUAAAAGUCCGCGAAAUGCAGAUUUUUGACUACAAAAAGAAAAUCGCUGAAUCAGAGACUAAAUUAAAACAGCAACAGAACCUGUACGAAGCUGUGAGGUCAGACAGGAAUCUGUACAGCAAAAACCUGGUGGAAGCUCAGGAUGAAAUAACAGAAAUGAAGAAAAAAUUAAAGAUUAUGACUCAUCAGGUAGAUCAGCUGAAGGAAGAAAUCUCUGCCAAAGAGUCAGCGCUCGUGAAGCUACAUCUGGAACAGCAGCGCAUAGAGAAGGAGAAGGAAACAUUGAAGGCCGAGCUGCAGAAGCUGAGACAACAAGCCCUGGAGACCAAACACUUCAUUGAAAAACAGGAAGCUGAAGAGAGAAAACUCUUGCGCAUUAUUGCCGAGGCUGAUGGGGAGAGGCUGAGACAGAAGAAGGAAUUAGACCAGGUCAUCGGCGAGAGAGAUAUCCUCGGGUCGCAGCUCGUUCGUCGCAACGAUGAGUUGGCUUUGCUUUAUGAGAAGAUCAAGAUCCAACAGUCUGUGCUGAAUAAAGGCGAGAUCCAGUACAACCAGAGGCUGGAGGACAUGAGGAUCCUCAAGCUUGAGAUCAAGAAGCUUCGCCGGGAAAAGGGGAUUCUUGCCAGGAGUGUGGCUAAUGUCGAGGAACUCAGGCAGGAGCUUUUCCACAUGCAGAGAGAGUUCAUAAAGGAGCGGACACGCUGCCGAGCGCUGGAGGAGGAGCUGGAGAACCCCAUGAACGUGCACAGGUGGAGGAAGCUCGAGGCCAGUGACCCCACUACCUAUGAGCUGAUAGAGAAAAUUCACACCCUGCAGAAGCGUCUCAUCAGCAAGACAGAAGAGGUGGUGGAGAAAGAGCUGCUCCUCCAGGAAAAGGAGAAACUGUAUGUGGAACUAAAGCACAUCCUGGCCCGGCAGCCCGGGCCCGAGGCUGCAGAGCAGCUGCAGAUCUACCGCCAGACGCUGCAACAGAAGACCAAGCAGCUUAAAGUUUUGUCUUCAGAAUUGAAUAUGUAUGAAUCACAGAGCGAAGAGUAUAAGUAUGAGCUGGGAAAACUUAGCAAUGAACUAAUGAAUUUAAAGAAGAAAUACCUCGCUCAGAAACGUAAAGAGCACCUUCAGAAACACAAGGACAAAACAUCCAUGGAUGUCGCCAUCCCACUGGGCAAACCAACUGGCCCUCGGUUUACUGGGGGUGGAUUUCCCCUCAGCAAGUCACCCCAAGUGCAAUCCUAA